AGUGAAGCACCGGGGGAGGAAGCGGAGGUGCAGGUCGGAGAGGCCGGGCUAGCCGAGCCCAUUGCGGGAGCAGCUGCAGCAGCUAGGCAGCAUCCAGUGGCGUGCCAAGCGGCCCAGCCCGUUGCUUUACUUUUUUUGCGGCACCAACGUAGUCACUAUGCCGAAGAGAAAGUCUCCAGAGAAUACAGAGGGCAAAGAUGGAACCAAACUAACCAAACAGGAGCCCACGAGACGGUCAGCCCGAUUGUCAGCGAAACCUGUUCCACCAAAACCCGAGCCUAAACCAAGAAAAACAUCUGCUAAGAAAGACCCCGGGACGAAGAUUAGCAGAGGUGUUAAGGGGAAGAAGGAAGAAAAGCAGGAAGCUGGAAAGGAAGGUACUGCCCCAUCUGCAAAUGGUGACACUAAAACUGAAGAGAUCCACAUCUCUCGUUCAACUGUUAAUGUCUCAGCCUGCAGAAGCCCCCCACCCAGCACACUGUCAGUAAAGGGGCAGAUUGAAACAGUGAGAGUUAAGGAGUUGAAGUGUGUUUCGAAGUAGACCUGGAAGGAAAACAAGAGGCCAAAUGCUCAAAAGCACCGAAAACUGAGUCUGUAGAUAACGAGGGAGAAUGAAUUGUCGUGGAAAACUGGGGUUGAUUUCACGUACCUCUUGGGACAACUUUUAAAGGCUAUUUUUACCACGUAUUUUGUAAAUGCUAAUUUUUUAGGACUCUAUUAGUUGGCAUAAAUAUAUAUAUAAAGAUGGACAUUUUAUCCUCUUAUGGUGAUGUUUUUUGGAAAUUUCCAUCAUCCUCAAGUAAAAUAAAUUCCAAUUUAAUAUCGAAAGCUGCGUGUAAAAUGGAUUCAGCAUUCCAUGCCCUCGCUUUAAAAGUUUAGUCCUAUGCAUACCGUGGUGUUUUAACUGUGCGUAUUUGAAUUUUUCAUGCAACUUUUCUAGAGCAAUAAUCAGUGGUGCUUUUGUGCCUAGGUUUUAUGUGAUUUUAAUGAAAUAUGGAUAGUUGUGGCCUCCUGCUAACUAUUUGUGGUUUAAAAUAAAAAAGUUUUCUUGUCUGCAAAAGUA